GUCUUCUUCUGUCAGUUCCAGUUGUUAAUUUGUUUAAUUUGGGUUAAAAUAUUUUUGCUUAAUUUAAUCACGCACUUGUAUUGUUUGAUUUAAGUUGAUCGUGUUGUGAUUUUUAUUAGCUUAUAUUAUAAUAAUUGAAUUGUCUUGCCCUUCUAUCCUGGUGGAAUCUUCUAUUCAUCCACCUUUUCUUUGUUAGCAAUCCAGGAUGAUUCGCGAUGCCUUCUUGGAAUCGAAUUUGAAUCAUUGAAUUCAAUUUAUUUCAUCAUAAUAAUCAGAAACAUACCAAGUUUUCUGGUGCUUCAAAUAAACUAGUACAAUAUGGAAUGAAAUAUGAGGAACUUUCUACAUAACUUCAUGUGAGUGUCUUCGGAACUUAUAAUUUUCGGACAUCAAUAAUUAUUCAUGGGUAGAUCAAGAAGAUCAAGUUCUUUGGAAGAAGUGGAAAUGGAACCAUCAGCCACUUCUCCUUUGCGUCAACCUAGAUAUGGCUAUUCUCAUGAAAGCAUCGGAAGAUUUUCAGAGCAUUCAUUACAUUAUCCAUAUCGCAUACAAGAUACUAAAACCUGUGGCCAAAGGUGGGAUGACUGCCUCACCAGGAUUCCGUAUGCCACCCUCAUCGCCACCAUCAUGUGCAUGGUGGGCGUCGGGAUUUUCUGCGGCACCAUGCACCGAGGAAUCACGCUCAGCAAGCUUAUGCUCGACGAAGUGUUCCAUAUGAGAUUUGCUUGGUUGGACGCACUGAGGAUGAUAUUUGUAAUCCUGGGAGGUUGCAUGGCUGCCCUGGGUCUGAUGAUACUGUUCGUUGGGUUCCUCGCCACGGGCGCUACCAGGGUACGAGUCUACCGCGCCUGGACUGCCAGAGUUAGCGGUAGAAUAUCUUGCGCUGUGUUCCUGGGGUUGAGCUAUGUACUGCAACUGGUGUGGAUCUUAAUCUUCUGUUUCCUGCUCAUUCUAACGACCAUGUUCACAAUGUUCUUUGGCCUUUGUACAUCACAUCGAGUGAGGGAGGAACAUCAGUGUAUAGACUUCACACAGUUUGACUUUGUGUUCCCUGUCAACACGAGAGCAGAAGACAUGAAGGUGUGUGAGGCUCAAGAGAUCAAGUUGUUCUGCAAAGAUUACGUAGAGAAGGCUGAAAUGAUGUUCAUAUUUGCCACCAUAGCUUGUCUCCUUGUUAUCCUCAGUUUGGUCCACUACCUGAUGUGUUUGGCAGCCAACUACGCACACAUCCGGGACCAUGAGAAGCUGCAAGAACUACAAGAGUUGCAAUACCUCGCAGACCCGGACAUGGGCUCCAAGGACCGAUUCUAGGAUCGAGCACAAGAAAUCUUCCGGGUGGACACUUUCAGGGUCUCCAGGCCUCCGCGAUAACUGCCUUCAGCUUGGCAGCAGCCUUAACUCAGCGAUAUAAUUAAUGCUUUCUGUGCAAGGAUUUUUAGAUUGUAUGGUGUUAGGAUAACUGGGUCUGAAAUUGUGUAGGAAAUUAUAUGCUCCUCUUGAAGCACAUAAAUAAAUCAAUAAGUUGUUCGGCAAUCUUAUUGAAAUUAUGAAAUUAUUUCUGUCAGUUUAUUAUUUCUCUUUUUGGGGAUUUAGUGCAAUUUUAUUGGAUGAAUUGAGAAAAUUAUUUAGGACCAACAUAUUCUGUAAUUUAAUUGUUUAGUUCAAAUUAUACUGUGGAGCUUAGUCUCCACAACCAUUCAAAUUACAAUACACAAUACACAAUACAAUACACAUUACAAUACACUGCCUGAGAUUAUGCGUCCUAACACCUAGAAACAACAAAAAUAGCAGAGCUGACAGUAGGGUUACUAUUAGUCUAUAUUUGAAUUUUUUUUAUGUUCAGAUUUCUGAUAGCUCCAAACUUGGUUCCAUUGCACAGUAUGAUUUAACCUAUAUACAAUUUUAAUGCUGCUGCCAAUCUCUUGAAAUAGGUUUUUUCUAGCUUCUAGCCAAAUAGUUUUUAUAUUUUCUAUUCUUCUUAGUAUUAAUUGUUAUCACUUGGCUCUUGUAUAUUUGUGUAAACUACUUCUAGUGUAUUUUCUUUGAACGACUGAAGGAAUUUGUUUGACCUUUUUAUGUCUAGUUUAAUUAUUUUGUGGUUUAAAAGUGCAUUACAUCAACAACGAAGUGUAAAGUGUUCAACCCGGAGAUUUCUUGUGUAUAUUGUUUACUAAUAGUUUUGUAAGGACAGAAACAAUAUGACGAGUGUUAGAUAGUUGUGCUUAUAUUGUCUUUCACGAUGACAUUCCAAGUCUAUAAUAUUGAACUUUACGUAAUAGACAUAUAGACUUUUUCUUACUAUUCACCGAAGAGUUAGUUAUAGUAGCAUUGUCUGUGCCUUUUUGAAUUGCCUUUAUAGUUAUUAUUGUAUUGAAAACAGUAUUGUAGGCUACGUCACUUAGCUUUCUCACCUAAAGAUUGUUAAGGCAUUACCAAUCUGUUAGUUAAUGUACAAAAUUGUCCGUCCUAGUAGUUAAGAUGAGUUUUCUAUAGUCUGUUAAGAGUCAAAGUUUUCUAUUUUUAUAAGUAGGUAUACAAUUUAAAACUUCUCUAUAAAUGUUUAAGUCAGGGUAAAAUAGUGGUUCAGUUAAAGGAAGGUUACAAGCUAUUAAUUCGCUGAACUUAUCACCACAGUACAGUAACUGAUGUAUGGUCCAUAUCAUUUGAAACUGGAAUUAUCUUUCUUGAUAUCUGUAGAUUCUUUUAACAAUGUUGGACCAAACACAUAAAAAAUAAUUAAGUUGUUAUUGAGGAUAUUAGCACAAACUUUUAAAUUUGUAAGCUCAACAUUUGCCAAUGGUCUUCUAUGUGCAAUUGACAUGACAAUAUCAUUUCAACACUAUGUAAGAAAUGUGUUUAUUGAAUUUAUAAGGUUUAGCUGAAUUAUUCUAUGGAGAUGCAUAGCAUAAACACACACAUGAUAUGCCGUAUGUGCUGUUUCAAUGUUUUCUGAGACAGACGAUGCCACAUAAGAGAUUAAGUCAUUGGUUGGUUUCGGACAAGACUGUUUAUUAUGUUACUUCAGUGUGUAAUCCACCUUAGCCAACUAAGAGCAUAAACAUAAUUCCAUUAUUUUGUAAAUAUCAUAUAUUUCAUUCAUUUUUCAUUCCAUUUCUUAGUUACAUUGAACACUUAAUCUUUGUUCAGGUUUUUUCAAGUGUUGAAAUACCAAACGUAGUAGUGGUGUGUCAGACCAAAUCUCAAAAUUAGGGAUGUGUCGAAUCCACCGAAUCCUACAAAAAGAUUUGGAUUCAAGAUUCAAUUAACAAGAUUCAAGAAUUUUUUUUUAGAAUAGAAUCUUUGACUAUUAAUACAACUUAAGUAUUCAAUAGUCAAUGAUAGAAUUAAAAGGCAUAUAUACUGUGACAUUGCAUAACCAUAAAGGUUAUUGAUGUUGUAAUAUACAGUACUGUGACAUUGCCAUUUUAUGAACAUAGUAUACGAUUCGUUGAUCAACGAAUUUAAAAUUAACAAGUGUACCUACAACAACCAUGAAUAACCAAUAAUGAAUAUUUGCCCUCCAAAUAAAGUAUACCGACGGAAUGUUCGAUUUAGGUUAAACUGUUAAAGGUGUAACCAAUUAGUGGUCUGUUAUUUUCACCAUGUGUCAAAAGUAAUUAAGUAACUUUUCAUUGCAAAGAGUAGUCAUUUAUGGUUAGUGUAGUAUUAAUUUUAAACGGUGCCUAUUCCAUUAUUGUUUUUUAUAUCACCAUAAGCCCAUUUGUAAUUAUUUUUGGUACUCGAGAUUCAAUUUUUUAGGAUUCGGAUUCGAUAUUCCUGGAUUUGACCAUCACUACUUAAAGCCAUCAAAACUUUAAAAAAGUUUCGGUUUCGAAAUUGAAAAUGUUGGCACUUUUAUUUUUGAAACUGCUGACAUCUGUUGUCUCAUACAUUAUUAUUGUUUGUGACACUGGUUACACAAAAGCUGGUAGCUAUGGAGCAAACAGAUCACCAUUAACACUAAUGAAACAAGUAAAUUGUAUACUGAACUACAAGUCAUUUUAAAUAUACGAAGUAGGAACAACUUACAACUUAAUAAAUUCUUUAUUCAAUUUAAUUUCUAUACAAUUUAAUUUAAUUAAUAUUGAUAUUUAUUAAAGACAAAGAAAUAUUGACCACUAAAUGUUCUAAUUAAUCCAAUACAGUAGACCCCCUCUUAACCGACCUCGUAUUAACCGAUAAUCGGAUUAUCCGCCUUUGAUCGUAAAAUAAUACAGUUUGUUUUAACCGACCUUGCUUUUAGAGUAGCUCGGUUUAACCGCCGCUUUCUAGGAAUCUCGGCAUUUCCGCUCCCAUGCUGGGUGAUGAGAACUGAACCAUACGCUUAUCUCCACAGGAUAUGACUAACAAUAAGUUAUUUUGUGAUGGUCACAAAAAAUAUAGCAUAGCCUAUUGUCAGUUUGUCAUCAUCGUUCGUAGCUCGAGCACAUCUGAUCUGAUUUGUUAUCUGUGCGGCAAAUUUAUAACAUCAUAAAGUGCGUUACGAUUUUGAGAACUGAUUAUCUUAUCGCUGGAGUAAACAAACAACGCAAC